CGACACUCUCAAACGUUGGCGACAUGUUGACGCGAUUACUCCUCUGUCUGCUCGCGGUGCUGUUUGUGGAGAACACACAAUUCACAUUCGCUGCAACAGAUAUCGAUUGGUGGGAGAAUGCAGCCCUGUAUCAGAUCUAUCCGCGAUCCUUUCAGGACAGUAACGGCGAUGGCAUUGGCGACUUGCAGGGCAUAACAACACGCCUGGCAUAUCUGAAGGAGAUUGGAAUCACAGCCACUUGGCUAUCGCCGAUAUUCAGAUCUCCCAUGUCCGAUUUUGGCUAUGAUAUAUCGAACUUUACAGAAAUCGAUCCGAUCUUUGGCACUCUGGAAGACUUUAAGGCCAUGAUGGUGCAGGCCAAAUCGCUGGGACUCAAGAUAAUACUCGACUUUGUGCCCAAUCAUUCGAGUGAUGAGUGUGAGUGGUUUCAAAAGUCCAUUAAUCGUCAGGAUGGCUAUGACGACUUCUACGUUUGGCACGACGGAAAGAUUAAUGCCGAGACGGGUGAGCGUGAACCACCGAGCAAUUGGGUGAGCGUGUUCGGUGGCUCCCAAUGGACCUGGCACGAGACGCGACAACAGUACUUCCUGCACCAGUUUCAGGUGAAGCAGCCGGAUCUGAACUUUAGUAAUCCCAUGGUGCGUGAGCAUAUGCUGGAUGUGCUCGGCUUCUGGUUGGAUCUUGGCGUUGAUGGCUUUCGCAUCGAUGCCGUUCCUCACAUAUAUGAGCGUCGCAAUUCCGAUGGCAGCUAUCCCGACGAGCCUGUCAGUGGCUGGAGUAGCGAUCCCAAUUCCUACGACUAUCACAAUCACAUCUACACCAAGGAUGAGCCAGAAACGGUCGAACUGAUGUAUGAAUGGCGCGAUUACCUAUUGAACUACCAGGAAAAACAUGGAGGCCACACACGUGUCCUCCUAGCCGAAGCCUACAGUCCUGUGGAGACGCUGAGUGCCUACUUUGGGAAUGGGACGCGACUUGGCACACAGCUGCCCAUGAACUUUCAACUGAUGUAUCUCAGCGGCUUCUCAACGGCCCGGGAUGUGGUCGGUUCCAUUGACUACUGGAUGAACACCAUGUGGGAGAAGCAUCAGACGGCCAACUGGGUGGUCGGAAACCACGACACACCACGUGUUGCCAGCCGCAUGGGUGCUCACAAAGUGGACCUACUCAAUGUGAUCGUGAAUGCCUUGCCAGGCGCCUCUGUUACCUACUACGGUGAAGAGAUUGGCAUGUCCAAUGUGGACACCGAGUGCACUGCGAUCUCCUGCGAUGGUCGCGAUGGUGAGCGGACACCAAUGCAAUGGGCUCCAGUCAAGAACGGUGACUUCUCAACGGCUGAGAGCACCUGGCUGCCCCUCAGCCCCGACUUUGAGCGCUUCAAUGUACGCACUGAACGGGGCGUGGCACGUUCCACGCUGCAAGUAUUCAAGGGUCUGCAGCAGCUGAAGAGCAGCUCUGCUUUUCUGGCCUUCAAGCAGACAGGCGGUUUCUCCUACGAGGCAAUCACGGAGCAGGUACUGCAGAUUAUACGCACAAAUCAAAGGAAUGAGGAGUACCGCAUUCUCGUUAAUAUGGGCAACCAGAUUGAGAUAAUUGAUGGUCUUUCGAAUAGGGUCUAUGAAUUUAUGCUGAUCACUGCCUACUCUGUUCACAGACUCGGGGAGACCAUUGAUUUAAGCCAAGUUCUGGUGAUGAUGCCCUAUGAGGCAAUCGUGCUGCGUUGGCUGGCGUGAUUCACUUGAGUUUUUUUAUGAUCCUCAUAAAGAUAUAACUUCAUUUGGGGCCUUAAGCCUUGUGCUUCACUAUUCAAACAUUCGACUGUCACGUGUCUUGUGAGACAAAGUUCAAUUACUUGAGUGAAUUGUAAAUUCCAAGCACUAAGGUUCUAAAUUUGAUAUAACUUAUUUUCUAUACCUUUGAUCGAAUCCCACACUUUAUUGAUUGAUAAGACAAGUUCGUAAAACUAUUGAAACAAAAAUCGAGAUUAUGUAUAGAUUUAAUAGAUGUAUUUCGACAAUAUUUAUUUGCAUGUGAAUUAGAGAUUGUGGGAAUAAAUCUAGAAAUUAACAAACA